AAAAAAAAAAAAAAACACACACACACACACGGCACCAGAAAUUAGGACUCCAAACCCUAAUAACUCUUGAUAAUGAUCUUUGAAUGUUCCGAUCGAAAUCAACGAUCAACAUUACUACUAGACGUUUUGAUUGAAGUUAAUAGAAGUGAGAUUUGAGGAUUUUCUCUUCUUUGAGAUCGAUUUCAGAGAAACAAAUGUAUAAGAAGCGUCUUCAAGAGCUGACACAGAGGAGUUGAUUUAACUUUUCGUUGUAUAUGCGUAUCAGAUAAGGUCUAGAUCACAGGGGUGUACAAGAACCUUUUGCAAGAGGUGUCUCAAAUGGGUCUCGUGUCCAGAUCACAGGAGUGUUCAUAAAGAAUCGGGUCGGAGGAAAUGGGUCUCGUGUUUUUUACUGGAAUCUAUAUGGGUGCGAUGUCUUUCUCUAAUGAGAGAUAUGAUGAUACGAUGUGCUUGAUAUUCCAGUUAGAUUUUUGUGGGUUUUCUUGUUUAUUGCUUGAUCGAUCGAUUGAGGAUUUUUUAAAUGGAUGUUUAUGUAUUCUUCUGUUUCUUAAUCAUUUUAUCUUGGAUUUUAGACCUAUGAAUUGGGUCUUCAUGAGUUCUUCUUUUUCUUGAUUCCAUUUGGGAUUUAUGAUUUCAGUAAUCGAUAUCAUCCCCUGCUCUUGAGCAUUGUUCAAGCUUUAAGUUAUUUUUUGUUUGGGUUUUAUGGGUAUUCUUGUUCAAACUUUAAUGACACCUGCAAAUCAGAAACAGAGAGAUUGGGGCAGAACAUCCGAAGGUGGAUGAAGAAGGGGAUGUGUUUUUCAAAAAAAUUCAUAGACCUCUCAUUGUUUUUGGAUUGAAUAUGGCUCACAAAGAAAAUGAUGAAUAGUAGAUCCCCCAAGAAAAUGUAAACCCCAAGGGCUUCUGUCUUCAAUGCCUUUCUUAUACCCCAAAAGAAAUCAAAAAUAGGGUCAGUCUUAUGAAUUUAUAGUGCUCGAAUCUUGUUGUGUUCUUGCUUGUUGGGAAGGCAUCUGCGAUGAAUGUUGCUGGUUUCAUCGAUUUAUGAUCAUCAUUUUUUAUGGUUUGUUUGGAGAAGAUGAGUUGGGUUAGCUUAGAGAGAGAGAGAGAGAGAGAGAGAGAGAGAUUGGUUUUUUAUUUUCUUUUAAUUAUAAAAACAUUUAAAUAAAUAAAAAUACUAAAAAAGCAAUGACAAAUCCGUCAUUAUAAAAAAGUUCAAAGCAAAUUAGACCAAACCAGCAACAAAAUGAAACACCAAAUCUUUUUGAACAUGGCAAUUUUGAAUAAACCAAUGAAAAGUUUGGACCACCCAAAUCUUUUUGGACGUGAGAAUUUUGAAUAAACAAGGCUAUUUGUGCAGUUUAGCCUGAAAGAAACAAAUUUUGAACACCCAAGCUUUUGUGUGAGGGUUAAAAGUUAAAGCAAAAGGAAAAUUGGGUAAAACAAUGGGUAAAAAGGGUAAAUACAAAUUUACCCUUUUGUUAUGCAUUCUCCACUUUCUGUCCUGAGGUCCAACAAUGGCAGCAACAUCCGAAGACGCCAGCAUGGAAGAGAGGGAGGAGCUCAUGGUAUCACCCAAACUUGCUAAACACCAUCACCCAACUCGCAAAGUUGCCCGAUUUUUAAAACCCUCUGUUAGCUCCAUUGAUGUCCAACCCUUUCCUUUUAAUCUUCCUACAGCGUCUUCUGUUCCAGAAAAAAGUUCGUUGAAUGUGUCCUUCAAUGGUUGGAGAACCACACACAGGGAUUGGAAACCAUGGGUUGAUCGCAUGCAUUGUAUGCACCAAUCUACCUGGAAAAAAGCAGGAAUAGAGCAAGCUGUGUAGAAUUCCUCAUAUGAAAUCACGAAAAACGAUGACUUGAUUCUUGGGUUUGCACAAAAAUGGUGUCAUGAGACCAAAACAUUCGUGUUUGUAUUCGGGGAAGCUACAAUCACUUUGGAAGAUAUGAUGGUUCUCGGAGGGUAUUCUGUGUUAGGUGCAUCUGUUCUUACUCCUGUUGAAAACACAGAAUCGAAAACGGUUUUAGCGAAAUUGUAUGAAAAAAAAGUAGAGUUUUCAAGAUCGACACUUAGAAAAGCUGAUCAGGUUAGCUGGUUGAAGAAAUUCAAAGACAGCGGAAGCGAAAUCGAGCACGAAGCAUUUCUCGCAUUUUGGUUAUCCAGGUUUGUAUUCCCUUCAUCAUACUCAACAGUUGCUCGAAAUGUUUUCCCCAUUGCUGUUCAUUUAGCUAGAGGCAUUAGACUUGCUCUUGCCCCUGCUGUUCUUGCCACCAUAUACAGAGAUUUAAGCUUGUUAAAAGCUAAACUUACUGAUCAGAACGAUGAUCCGUCGAUUACAAUUUGGGCUCCUUUACAACUUCUUCAAAUCUGGAUCUGGGAGAGAUUUCCGAAGCUAAGGCCUAAUGUCGGAGGUAGCUGCAACCCAAAGUUUGCUAGAUGGGCGAAAAAGAAGGUGCAGAUCGACAAUAUUGGCUCAAUUUUGGAUCGUGAUUCAGAAGACUUCUGUUGGCGACCAUAUACUGAUGAUUUGGGUAACGAGAAAAACGGAAAAUGGGUUGUUGUUGGUGGUGAUUGUUUGGAUGAAGAAUCGGAGUCAUGGGGUCGAUGUUUUAGGGUUUCUGAAUUAGUCGGGAUACAAGGGAAAUGUAUCGAACAAUAUCUACCUCAUAGAGUCGCAAUGCAAUUUGGCAUGGAUCAAGACAUUCCUGGUAAAGUCCCACGAAACAACGGAAGUCCUAAAUCAGCUUGGAGCUUUUACACAAGGCCAUUGAUGGAUCUUAAACUGUAUCUUCCAUCUCGAUUCUCUGAGCCGUAUGUCACUGCUAGAUACUUUGAGUGGCGGAAUAAGUCAACUGGACUCCAUAGUUUGCUUUCUCAGAUGGGUGAUAAUGAAACGAAAACUUCUGUCAAAGAUGACUCAAGAACUGAAAAAUCCAAAGAAUCUGUGGGUGACACCACCAGAACUUGCGAUGUGUCUCAUGAUGGAGCGAGCCCUGGCAACGAAGAUGGAGAUACAUCGGGAUUGGAGCUUGAAGCAAGAAUCAAAAGACUAGAGGAAGUUUUUGCAUAUCUCAAAACUAGAAAAUAUGGAAACAGGUUACUGUAGAUUGCUUUAUAGGUUACUGUAGAGGAAGUUUUUGCAUAUAUCAAAAGGCAAAUUAGUCAUUGUCGAAAAUCACAAUAAAACUAGGGGUUUUUGCAAUAAAUAAAUUUAAAACUUUUCAGGGAACGAUACAAUGAAAAUGACAUGCCACAAUGACCAUUUAUGUAGUUUACUCUAAAUUAUAUAAAUACUAUGUGUUUGAAAGGACAUAUGUAUUGGAUAAAAUACCAAAGUAAAACUGUUGUCAAAAUGAAACGAUAUCCACUAUUUAGUGGUAAAAUUUAUUAAAUUGUUACAAGGGUGUAAGAAUUGUUUGAUGAAAUGCAUAAGUAAUCGGACAUAAAAGGAAACAGCAUACAUUGAUUAGUGAUAAAUUUCAUCAAAUUCUUACAAGCAUUCAACAAGUGUUCGAUGAAAUGUCCAGAUAAACCACUCUCAAAAAGAAACAAUACCCAAACAGAUUGAGCCAAUAUCACAUACAAAAAAUUUCAUCAAUUGUGCAAAAAACAGAAAAACAAA